AUGGCUCGAGCACUGGGAGCACUAGUUGUGCUGGGGUUGUUGGGCCUGUGCUGGUCUCUGGCCCUUGCCAACCCUGUUCAUCCGGCUAGUGCCUCUGGGAAUGGAGCUGAAGAUGGGACUAGGAUCAAGCUGGACCCAGAUAUGCUCCAAUUCUGCUCAGAUGGCUUGAACUUUGAUGCUACCACUUUGGAUGAAAAUGGGACCAUGCUGUUUUUUAAAGGGGAGUUCGUGUGGAAGAUUCACCAUUGGGCCCGGAAGUCGAUCUCAGAGAGGUGGAAGAAUUUUACUGGCUCAGUGGAUGCUGCAUUCCGCCUUGGUCAUGACGGUGUCUUCCUAAUUAAGGGGGACAAAGUCUGGGUGUACCCUCACGAGAAGAAAGAGAAAGGAUAUCCGAAGUUGCUCCAAGAUGAGUUUCCUGGAAUCCCAUCCCCAUUGGAUGCUGCUGUGGAAUGUCACCGUGGAGAAUGCCAAGAGGAGGGCAUUCUCUUCUUCCAAGGUAACCGCACGUGGUUCUGGGACUUGGCUACAAGAACCAAAAAGGAGCGCUUCUGGCCGGCUGUUAGGAACUGCUCCUCUGCCAUCCAAUGGCUCAGCCGCUACUACUGCUUCCGUGGUAACCAGUUCCUGCGCUUCAACCCAGUCACGGGAGAGGUGCUUCCUAGGUACCCUCUGGACAUUCGAGACUACUUCCUACCCUGCCCUGGCAGAGGCCAUGGACACAGGAAUAGGACUGGCCAUGGGAAUGGUACCCAGCACGUUCCUGGAUAUGGGCGCUGUAGCCCAGAUCUAGUCUUGUCUGCACUGCUGUCUGACAACCAUGGUGCUACCUAUGCCUUCAGUGGGUCCUACUACUGGCGUCUGGACACCAGCCGGGAUGGGUGGCAUAGCUGGUCCAUUGUCCAGCAGUGGCCCAAGGGUCCUACAACAGUGGAUGCUGCCUUUUCUUGGGAUGAUAAACUCUAUUUGGUCCAGGGCACCCAGGUAUACAUCUUCCUAACAAAGGGAGGCUACACCCUAGUGAAUGGGUAUCCAAAGCAGCUAGAGAAAGAAUUUGGGAGCCCUCAGGGGAUAAGCCUUGAGGCUGUGGAUGCAGCCUUUAUCUGUCCCGGGUCUUCUCGACUCCACAUCAUGGCAGGACGGCGGCUGUGGUGGCUGGACCUGAAAUUAGGAGCUCAAGCCAUAUGGACAGAGCUUCCUUGGCCCCAUGAGAAGGUUGAUGGGGCCCUGUGCACGGAGAAGUCCCUCGGCCCCAACUCAUGUUCAGCCAAUGGUCUUGGCUUGUAUCUCGUCAGUGGCCCCAAUUUGUACUGCUACAGUGAUGUAGAGAAACUAAGUGCAGCCAAGGCUCUUCCACAAGCCCAGAGGAUGAACAGCCUCCUUGGCUGCAGUCACUGA